AUGGCCCCGCCCAGCAGCAACAGCUCCCAGCUCGGUGCCGUAUAUCGCGACCUGAUACAGAGCAACUGCCAGACGUACUUGGGCCCCCGCGCCGACUUCGACGUCGUUUCCCAGCUCGACGCCACGGGGACGCUCUGGACGGUCCACGUUCUGCGGCUCCGCACCAGUAGCAGCAGCAGCGGCAAGCGGCGUGCCGUCGUGCUGAGCGGUUCGGCCGGGACGCUCGAGGCCGCGCUCGAGGAGCUGCACAAGAAAUCGGCGCAGGCCGUGGACCAGCACGUCGCCCGCAAUGGCUUCAGCACCAGCAACAACACCGCGACGACGGCUGGCGUAGCUGCUGCCGACUGCGAGUCGACAGAAGCGGCGGCGACAGCGGCUUCGAGGCGUAGUAGCAGGAGCAACAACAAGGAGAAGAAGAAGAAGAACAAGACGAUGCUGUCCUCGAAGCGCAACGGCCGCGCGUCGCGAAGCUCACGCACUCGCCACGGACGGCUCGUCUUCGUCGAUGGAGACGACAACGACGACGACUCGGGGUCUGAAACCGACGACGCGAGCACCAUCACCACCACCACCACCACCGGCGCGAGCCACUGCUCGAGCUGGGACGACUCGGGCUCCGACUCGGGCUCGGGAUCCUCUGGCACCGACUCCCUCGUCGACGACGAUGACGGGCCAUCACGCGGCCCCAGGCCCUGGGCGCAUCAUGUCAACAACAACCUUGGGCCUUGGCCUCCUCACCACCAUCACCAGCAGCCCAGGAUGAUGCGCCAACAGAAUCAUCAUCAUCAUCACAUGCCGCCGCCGCCGUACCCCAUGCAGCCACGACAUGUUGGCCCGACGUGGCCAGCGAGCACCAUGAACACGAACAUGAACAUGAACGUGGCCGGCCCCCCCAUCAUGCCGCCCGCCGCCGCCGCCACCGCCCCCGUCCCUGGCUUCCCUGUAGGCGCCCGGCCCCCGCCGCCGGCCAUGGUGACGCAGACGACAACUAGUAGUAACACGAUGCCCGCCGGUGGCAUGGGCAUCCCUCCGCAGACGCGCGGGAUGCCAAUGCCGCCCCCAAUACCAGUCCUGCCACCGUCGCAACCGCACAAUGCUCGACAGCAGCAGCAACAGCAGCAGCCGCCGCAGCAGCAACAGCAGCAGCCGCCGCAGCAGCAACAGCAGCAGCCGCCGCAGCAUCAACCUCCUCCGCGGGGGAUAUGGCCUCCUCCUCCUCGGCGGUCGCCCAUCAUCCCCGUUGGUCCUCCGACGCACACGCCCAAGUCGUACGCCGACCAAGCACCACCGCCUUCGCAGCCACCACCACCACCCGCCAGAAGCAACACCAGCAGCAGCAGCAACAACAACAACAACAGGCCAACGGCAAUGACACCGCCAUCACCAUCACCACCACCACCACUACCGCGGGCCUCAGACGACAGGUCCACCGUGCUGCUGUCCGUCUCCUGGGGCCGGCAUGGCACGGCCUCCUUCAUCGACCAGUGCGCGCUCAGCGUGAGCGCCAUCCGGGACCUGACCCGGGCCAUGCUCCGCCUCAAGCCCGAGUCCUUCCCCGUGCAACCGGCGGCGCCCUGGGGGCCGCUGCCGCCGCGGCGGCCCAGGGACGACGAGCUCGACAGGCUCGACGUCCAGAUUACCAAGGUCCUGCUCGGCGGCCAGGCGUACCACAUCGGAUCAGCCGCCCAGGACGACAUGUCCGCGCUGCUGAGCUUGCCUGGCCUCUCCAACAAGUCCGGGUCGGCGGCGUCUGACGUUCCACACGUCUUUGUGGAAGUGGCCGACUCCGCCGAGCCGGGUAUUGUCCUCCUGGUUGACUAG